AUGAAGCUCUUCGCCUUCACCGCCCUCUUCCUCGGCACCGUCAUGGCUGCCCCCACCAACGACCACGGCAGCUACAACGCGUGCCCCAACGGCCUCUACUCGGUCGAGCAGUGCUGCGCCACUGACGUCCUGGGCGUCGCGAACCUCGACUGCACGUCCCCCGACGAGUAUCCCCGAGACGCCCGGAACUUCCGCGACGUUUGCUCGGCCGAGGGCAAGUUCGCCCGCUGCUGCGUCCUUCCCGUGCUCGGCCAGGGCGUCCUUUGCGUCAAGGCCCCUGGCACCUAA